GAUAUUUUGACUGAACGUGGUUAAUCCAUUUUUUAACCAAAAAAAUGAGAUACGUAAGCGCGUACUUGCUGGCUCGUCUGGGUGGUAAUGAAAAUCCGAAAGAAGUUGAUAUCAAAAAGAUUUUAAGCAGCGUUGGAAUUGAUUCAGAUGAUGCCUUGGUCAAGAAGGUCGUCAGUGAACUAUCCGGCAAAAACAUCGAAGAGUUGAUCGCUGCUGGCAGAGAAAAGUUAGCAUCAGUACCAUCUGGGGGAGCUGUUGUUGCAACAACUGCUAGUACCACUGCUGCUGCCCCUGACAGCAAAGCUGCUGAACCAGCUAAAGCUAAAGAAGAAGAGAAGAAAGAAGAAUCCGAUGAAGAUGAUGGAGAUAUGGGAUUUGGUCUCUUUGAUUAGAAAGGCUCAGCAUACAUUUAGUGCUCCACUUAAUGUUUCUCACCAACUACUCUAAGUGUUCUUGUACAAUCUCAAACCAAUCCUCUACUGUUGCUACUACUACUAAUGACCUCAAAUUUGCAUGCCUUUCUUAAUGUUUUUAUAAUUUUUUUACUGUGCUGAGUUCAAUUUGUUACAUGGUUUGAUACAAAAAAAAAAAUGUUUGAUGUAAAAUAUCAUCUUUGAAACAACAU